AGAUAGAGCACGCAGAGCAAAUAAGUAAGCCACUCGGAUGUUUAUAAGCUCGUUGAUGUGCUGAGCACUUUAAGCUCAGCCUGCUCUUUGACACCGAAACGGGCUUAACGCAGAGCGACAGCGGAGCACGGUAGCAAACCACAAGCACACGCACACACACAUACACAUAAAACACGCACACAAUUGCAUUAAAAUCGUCGGCUAGUAUGUGUUAGUGAGUUCCGUCAGCUGUGGCGGCUUUACACACACCAGCGCGUCGGCAAGCACAGCGCGCACUAACACAAGCGCACCGCGAACAAGCCACUCAAUUGCCGGGCAAACAACUCAAAACUCCACGAAACGACGCGUUAUGCUGCCUGCCGCUUGCGCGCCCAUAUGUGUACGUUUUCCAUACAUCUUUUUCAACGUGCCUUUCUAUCAGCGUCCGCUGGUGCUCGCAAUCUACUAAACAGUUUUAAUUUUCUAUUCGAAGUGUACGCUUUGUGCCGCGGUGCAACGGCGUAAUUACAAAACACCAUACAGAAAGUGUGUUCAAACGAACAGCCAAACGGUUGGACCAAGUGUCUCAAGCCAAUCAAAUACACAACAGCAACAACAGGGGCAGGCAGAGACAGACAGGCCCCCCACCGACAAAUGAAGUGCUAGUGUGCGAAUGUUUAUAGUAAAUCAACAACAGCCAUAAAGUUUCAAUAAUAUUCAGUGAAUAUUCCAUAUAAUAAUCUAAACAAAACGCUGUGCGUGUCACUACUUUGCCCCGCCGUCAGGAAAUUAGCGAGGUUAAAUCAAGAGAAUCAAAAAAGUAAAAAUAAAAAAACGAAAAAAGCAAGAUAAAACAAAGCCAUGCAAUUUAUCGCGAAGUAAACAAUUUUGUGUUGUGUGACAAUUUGAGCAAAAGCGAAAAUGUUUUGCAAUUUGUUUAGGGCAAAUGCAUGAUGAAACUCUGAAUGAAAAAAGCUGUGUGUUAGGCGCGUAGAAAUUGAUUUCCGUAAAUCACCAAACUACUGAUCGUCACUGCCAUAAUAAAGAGCAACGAGCCACGGUAACGUCAAUGCGCCGUGAAAGCAAAAUUGCGUGGAAAGAAAAGUAAAACAAAAAACAAUACAAGCGAGUACUAAAAAUCUGCAACGAAAGUAUUACCAUUGCAAGCGCCUACUACCAAACUACUGCCUUUUAAUCGUAACGUAACAACAUUCCCGAAAUAACGGUACACCGUUUUUUUUUUUUUACUUUGCGUUGUACAUAAGUAAUAAACCGUCAAAAUGUUUGAUGUAUUCGGCUCCGUUAAGGGGCUGCUGAAGAUCGAUCAAGUCUGCAUCGACAACAAUGUCUUUCGCAUGCACUACAAGGCGACGGUGAUCAUAUUGAUCGCCUUCUCGCUGCUCGUCACUUCGCGUCAAUAUAUUGGUGAUCCGAUCGAUUGUAUUGUCGAUGAAAUUCCACUUGGUGUUAUGGAUACCUAUUGUUGGAUUUACUCUACAUUCACUGUACCGGAACGUUUGACCGGCGUUACGGGUCGCGAUGUUGUGCAACCGGGCGUCGGUUCGCAUAUUGAUGGCGAGGAUGAGGUGAAAUAUCACAAAUACUAUCAGUGGGUAUGUUUCGUGCUCUUCUUCCAGGCCAUUAUGUUCUAUGUGCCACGCUAUUUGUGGAAAUCAUGGGAAGGUGGUCGCCUAAAAAUGCUGGUGAUGGAUCUGAAUAGUCCCAUUGUGAAUGAGGAGUGUAAAAAUGAUCGUAAAAAGAUAUUGGUCGAAUAUUUCUCUAACAAUUUGAGUCGUCACAAUUUCUAUGCAUUCCGUUUCUUCGUUUGUGAGGCAUUGAAUUUCAUCAAUGUUAUUGGACAAAUAUUCUUUGUGGACUUCUUUUUGGAUGGUGAAUUCUCUACAUACGGCAGUGAUGUAUUGAAAUUCACCGAAAUGGAACCGGAUCAACGUGUCGAUCCGAUGGCGCGUGUCUUUCCGAAAGUCACUAAAUGUACAUUCCACAAAUAUGGUCCAUCCGGUUCGGUGCAAAAGUUCGACGGACUUUGUGUGUUGCCACUGAAUAUUGUCAAUGAGAAAAUCUAUGUCUUCUUAUGGUUCUGGUUCAUCAUUUUGAGCAUAUUAUCUGGCAUUUCAUUGGUUUAUCGUAUGGCUGUUAUUAUGGGACCUAAACUACGUCAUUUGUUGUUGCGUGCCCGUUCCCGUUUGGCCGAUAGCGAUGAAGUUCAAGCUGUGGCAACUAAAUGCAAUAUCGGUGAUUGGUUCCUGCUGUAUCAGUUGGGCAAAAAUAUCGAUCCAUUGAUCUAUAAGGAGGUGAUAGCGGAUUUGGCGCGUGAAAUUGGCGAGCAUUCGAGCAGCAAAGAACAAUUCGCCGCUUAGUGGCCGCAAAUGGCCACUUCUUUUGUGCGAAUAGCAACGUGAGUGCCACUGAAUACUAAACGUAAGAUGCUUCAACAUCCUCCAGCAGCAUAUACAUGCAAGCCACAUACAUACAUAUCUGCAAACAGCUGCAAACAACCGACACACAAACAUACAAGACGCACAUAAAAGUAAUAAGUAGAUUACACAAAAAACACGAUACCACACACACACACACACACAUAAUUCUCAGUCAUUUGUACACACAAAUACACACACAGGCAGACAUGAGAUGAGAUUCCUUUGCAAAACAGCCACAUAACGGUAUGCCACAGCAUGCUCUACACACUAACUUAUGUAGGUGCAGAGCUGCACUGUGACAUGCCUAAAUAAAAUUAAUACAAUUUAUAAAAUAAAUAAAUAUUUUACAUAUUAAUUUCGAUAAAAAAAGACGCGAAUUUUACAUAUUUCUACUAUAGUAUGUAUGCAUGUAUACAAAUGUUUUAAGGGUUAAGAAAUAAUUAUACAUAACUAAAGAUAACUGAGAUUGGGAGGAAAAACAACAAAAAAACGCAAAGUCUACAAAAUAUCGAGAAAAGAAAUAAAAAUAAAAUGCAACAACAACACUCCAUUAAAAUUAAUGCCUAGAAAUCAAAAUGCGCAAAGUUAACAUUCUACAAAACAAAAACAAAAACAAAAAAAUUAACUCUAAAAUUCAGAAAACAAAAUAUUAUUAAAACAAAACAGAUAAAAGUGAAUUGAGCUUAUGACUUUCAUAUCUAUUAGUUUUUUUUGCUAAUGAGAGUAAAAAUAAGUUUAACAAAAAGCAAACACUGAAACUAUACAUUUUCAUAUACACUUGCAAGAAACAAAAAUGAAAAUGAAAAAGGAAAAUAAAAAUAAAAAAGGAAAAAGAAAAAAAAGUUGAAAAUAUUUAAUGAGCAUUCAAUUUUUUUUUAUAAACAUAUUAAAAUAAGAGUUGUGAUCAUUGAUUAAGAAAUUUAAUAUUAUUGAUACUGAUAGCGUUUUACUCGUAACGGCUGCUGAACGCGGCGCGAAUGUUAGGGUAAAAACAGUUAAUGCUUAUAAAGACAUUUGCAAACACAAACACAUACACGAUAAUAAUCAUCGUCAUAACAACAAUUCUAAAACUACUAAGCAAAGUACAUAACAUAACAGCGAACUACUUGACGGCGAAACGCAUACUGCUUCUACUACAUACAAACAAGAAAACUGCUUAUUGAAAAUUAUAUUUUUAAAUUAAAUUAAUUUAAUUUUUUUAUUUUGUAAUUUUUUUUUCGUAAAUGUAAGCGAUUUUAUUUAGCAUACCUUUUUUUUAUAAUUUAAUUAAAGAAAAAAAUAAUAGUUUCAUAUUUAAUUUUAGCGCAAUUUUUUGAUUUUUUGUUUUAUAAAAAAUGUACGAAACAUGAUGAAAGUGAAGCGAAUUCAACUAAUUUUUUUUUGAGUAGAAUUUUAGCUUAUAAUCUCUAUUACAUAAGCACGGAAAAAUAUGAUUUUUUUCGUAAUUAGCCAGUAAGCGCUUUAAAAAUAAUAUAUUUGUAUUUACUUUAAAAUUUAUUUUACUUUUUUUAGUUGUAAUUUUAAUUAUUUGACAUACAUAUAAAUUAAUAUAUAUAAAAAGAAAGACUCAGAAGCAAUAACGGUAAAUAUAUAUGUAUAAGAAUGUAUAAAGGCGACGAUAUAACAAAAAAUGUGGGUAGCAUGCAAACCAGCUGGCCUUGUUUUUAUAGCAAGCGCAAGCUGAGAAGUGCGAAUUUUGGAGAUAUGCUAUUUUUUGUUAAUAGAACGAUAAAUACAUUUUAAAUAUACACAUAUACAUAUAUUUUUAGAUAAUAAUUAAGUUAAUUAUUAUGAAAGACGAACAUUUGAAUAAAGAAGAACAACUGAAUUUCAAUACUAAA